UAGUAUUCGACAGCUGUACCUUCUUCCUUACACCUCCGCUUUCUUCAGUGAACUUGAUGUUGGAAACACUGCAGGUGCCAUUGCAGCUCAGAGCUGGGGUUGCUGUGCUCGUGUCUCUGGGAAGAUGGAGAGUGACACAGGCAGGACUCAAGUUUGUCUUAAGAUCCAGUGUCCAAUCCCUUGCGGAGAGGUCAGGGAUAAACAGAUUCGGGGUUGGAUUUCACCUCACCCGUUCUUCCUCGUCAGAUUUGGAGUCCAGGGACUGGGGCCUGAGCAGCAAGACCCUGUGCAUGGAGAGUCAGCAGAUCCUCCCAGACGGCUCCCCGGUGCAGCACUACAACGUGCACAACCUGUACGGGUGGUCCCAGACCAGACCCACAUACGAAGCCAUGCAGGAGGUGACGGGACAGCGAGGGGUGGUCAUCAGCCGCUCCACAUUUCCGUCUUCUGGCCGCUGGGCAGGACAUUGGCUGGGAGACAACACGGCCGCGUGGGAUCAGCUGAAGAAAUCUAUCAUUGGCAUGAUGGAGUUCAGCCUCUUCGGCAUAUCCUAUACAGGAGCAGAUAUCUGUGGGUUCUUUCAAGAUGCUGAAUAUGAGAUGUGUGUUCGCUGGAUGCAGCUGGGGGCCUUUUACCCCUUCUCCAGAAACCACAACACCAUUGGGACCAGGAGACAAGACCCUGUGUCCUGGGAUGCUGCUUUUGUGAAUAUUUCCAGAAAUGUCCUGCAGACCAGAUACACCCUGUUGCCAUAUCUGUAUACCUUGAUGUAUAAGGCCCACACGGAGGGCGUCACUGUUGUGCGGCCUCUGCUUCAUGAGUUUGUGUCAGACCAGGUGACGUGGGACAUAGACAGUCAGUUCCUGCUGGGCCCUGCCUUCCUGGUCAGCCCCGUCCUGGAACACAAUGCCAGAAAUGUCACUGCAUAUUUCCCUAGAGCCCGCUGGUACGAUUACUACACGGGUGUGGAUAUGAACGCAAGAGGAGAGUGGAAGACCUUGCCAGCCCCUCUUGACCACAUUAAUCUUCAUGUCCGUGGGGGCUACAUCCUGCCCUGGCAAGAGCCUGCACUGAACACCCACUUAAGUCGAAAGAACCCUCUUGGUCUUAUCAUUGCCCUAGAUGAGAACAAAGAAGCAAAAGGAGAACUUUUCUGGGAUGAUGGGGAAACGAAGGAUACUGUGGCAAAUAAAGUGUAUCUUUUAUGUGAGUUUUCUGUCACUCAAAACCGCUUGGAGGUGAAUAUUUCGCAAUCAACCUACAAGGACCCCAGUAAUUUAGCAUUUAAUGAGAUUAAAAUUUUUGGGAUGGAGGAACCUGGUAAUGUUACAGUGAAACACAAUGGUGUCCCAAGUCAGACUUCUCCUACAGUCACUUACGAUUCUAACCUGAAGGUUGCGAUUAUCACAGACAUCAAUCUUCUCCUGGGAGAAGCAUACGCAGUGGAGUGGAGCAUAAAGAUAAGGGAUGAUGAAAAAAUAGACUGUUACCCUGAUGAGAAUGGCGCUUCUGCAGAAAACUGUGCUGCCCGUGGCUGUAUCUGGGAGGCAUCCAGUUCUUCUGGAGUCCCUUUUUGCUAUUUUGUCAACGAUCUAUACUCUGUCAAUAAUGUUCAAUAUAAUUCACAUGGGGCCACAGCUGACAUCUCCUUAAAGUCUUCCGUUUAUGCCAGUGCCUUCCCCUCCACACCCGUGAGCCCCCUUCGCCUGGAUGUCACUUACCAUAAGAAUGAAAUGCUGCAGUUCAAGGUAAGCACAGUACAUGUAUCAGGUAGUGAUUAGACCCUUUUCAGUUCC